GGCCAGCCGGUCUUUCCUAUGGAAGAGGUCUGGGAAAGAUCACUUUCGCCGGAGCGAAUAGCCUUCCUGGCGCAAUCCCGAAUUCCCGAGAUCAUUUUCUGCAAUACAGUGCUCCUCAUUAUUGCGACCGCGGGGCUCCUAGUGCGUCUUUUCGUCCGUAUCCGAUAUCUCACGGGAAUCAAUCUUGAUGAUUUACUAUGUGUGACCAGUUGGCUGCCUAAUCAGGUCUUUACGUUCGUUCUGUGCGUUGCUUGUAUGCUGAUGACCAAAUAUGGAUUCGGCAAGCACAUUGGAACGGUAGAAAGCUUCAGCGACAGGGCCAUGUUCCUCAAGCUUGACUUUGUCACCAUGCUCGCCUACGUUCUCGCCCUCGGCGCCAUCAAGAUCUCCUUUUGCCUGCUCUACCUCCACAUCUUCCCGGGGAAGAAAUUUCGUAUGUCAUGCUGGUUGGUGUUAGCUAUUCUAGUUGCCGAAACAAUUGAAGAGGUCCUUGUGGUGAUCUUCCAAUGCUGGCCUGUCUACAAGGCGUGGGAUGCCACAGGCUCGUGGAAGGGAACCACGGACUUGGCCCUUUUUGCAAUGCCUAUUCCCAAACUAUUGCGUCUGAAGAUGGCGGUGGGCAAGCGAGUGGGUUUGGUGAUGAUGUUCAGCCUGGGACUUCUUGUGUGCGUAACCAGCAUCAUCAGGGUCACCUACUUUAAUCCCUUCUCCGAGGACCACACAUGGGUGUUGGUCGACGCAAUGAACUGGUCCUGCGUGGAAGUCGCGGUGGCCAUUUUCAUCGCGUGUAUCCCCUCCUUCAAGACCUUCAUCAGCUACCGCUUCCCGACGUUACAGCGUCUACUUGGUCUCGCCAGCAAAGACGAGUCCAUCGGCCCGUCAAAGCUGUACGGUAGUUCGACCCGUCGGACAUACAACGGGCUAUCGACACGGGGGCGUAAUAGCAUCAAGCUGAAGCCGGUGACAGGACACAGCAGGGCUGAUGUGGAAACCAGCCACAAUGGGUCCCAGGAACGUAUCAUGCAUGCCGGGAUUCAGGUCACUACCGAUGUUAGCGUCCAGCAGACUGUCUAA